UUACUAGAUAUCUCAAAUUUUAUAUCUUAAGGUUGGUGGUCGUUUCUCAAAACUGAAGUUAAUAAGGUGGAUCUGUGACUGGAUGCACUAGGGAAUUAAAUUUUAUAUGGACCAUUAUCAAUAACAUACUGGGCUGUUGUGUAAAUGUUCACUACUGAGCUACCGUCUUGCAGAUUCAUAGUCAAGAAAGAUGCGCCUGGCUUAACGGUUACUAAGAUCCCAAAUAAAAUAGGUUUACGUAUUGUUCAAAAUGGAGAUAUUCUACUACAGAAUGUCUUUGUUCCUGAUGAGGAGCGGUUACCUGGACUAAAUUCUUUUCAAGACACAAGCAAGGUCCUUGCUGUCUCACGUGUAAUGGUGGCCUGGCAACCAAUUGGUGUAUCAAUGGGAGUCUACGACAUGUGUCACAGGUAUCUAAAGGAGAGGAAACAGUUUGGAGCACCGUUGGCUGCAUUCCAGAUAAACCAACAGAAGCUUGUGAAGAUGCUGGGUAAUGUUCAAGCGAUGUUUCUGAUGGGUUGGCGCCUCUGCAAGUUAUAUGAGUCGGGUCAGAUGACUCCUGGUCAAGCCAGUUUAGGAAAGGCAUGGAUUUCAUCAAAGGCAAGGGAAACUGCUUCGUUAGGCCGAGAAUUACUCGGUGGAAAUGGAAUUGUAGGAGAUUUUCUGGUGGCAAAGGCUUUCUGUGACCUUGAACCCAUUUAUACAUAUGAAGGGACUUACGAUAUAAACACCUUAGUGACGGCGAGGGAAGUAACAGGGAUUGCGAGUUUCAAACCUGCUGCUUCACGGAGCCGUAGCCGUCUUUAAGGUUGUGCAGUGUUUGUUGUUAUUCUGUCUGUGAGUUUACUUUGGUAAUGUACCGUGGAGAACAAAGUUCGUCAAAUAAACUUGACCUCUAAAGGGACAUGUACAAACCAUAAUUGCAGUUUGGAUUCGUGCUGUAUUUGUCUCCUCA